AUCAAAAUUCCCUUUUUAAUUUUUUUCUUCAAGAGUUCGAGAUACAGCAGCUCCUCUUCAACACUUCUCUACUGCUUGCGAGUUGCGUCCUUCAGAAAGCUCCCGGGUUCUCUCUUUCUCUCUCUCUCUCUCUCGCUGUCAUGGCGACGGCGGCCGUUGCAGAGUCCAGGAAGAUUCCGCGGCCUGGCCGCGGCGGAGUCCUGGCCCACAAACUCACUGAGGAGGAAGCUCGCGUUCGGGCCAUCGCCGAGAUCGUGAGCGGGAUGGUGGAGCAAUCCCACCGCGGCGAGACCGUCGAUCUCAAUGCUCUCAAAUCCGCCGCCUGCCGCAAGUACGGCCUCGCGCGCGCCCCCAAGCUCGUGGAGAUAAUCGCCGCCGUCCCCGACUCCGACCGGGACGCCUUGCUCCCACGCCUCCGCGCGAAGCCUGUGCGCACUGCCUCCGGCAUCGCGGUCGUUGCCGUCAUGUCCAAGCCCCACCGCUGCCCCCACAUCGCCACAACCGGCAACAUCUGUGUCUACUGUCCCGGAGGGCCCGACUCGGAUUUCGAGUACAGUACGCAGUCGUACACCGGGUACGAGCCCACCAGCAUGCGCGCAAUUCGUGCCAGAUACAACCCGUAUGUCCAAGCUAGAAGCAGGAUAGAUCAGCUUAAGCGGUUAGGUCACAGCGUGGAUAAGGUUGAGUUCAUUCUGAUGGGAGGAACUUUCAUGUCACUGCCUUCAGACUAUCGCGACUACUUCAUAAGGAAUCUUCAUGAUGCUUUAUCAGGACACACAUCUGCCAAUGUUGAGGAGGCUGUCUCUUAUUCUGAGCACAGUGCAACAAAGUGUAUUGGCAUGACAAUUGAAACGAGGCCAGAUUAUUGUCUUGGACCUCAUUUGAGGCAGAUGCUUUCUUAUGGUUGUACACGACUGGAAAUUGGAGUUCAAAGCACAUAUGAAGAUGUCGCUCGUGACACUAACAGAGGACACACUGUAGAUGCUGUUGCUGAUUGUUUUUGUUUGGCAAAGGAUGCUGGUUUCAAGGUCGUUGCUCAUAUGAUGCCUGAUCUUCCUAAUGUUGGUGUUGAGAGGGACAUGGAAAGUUUUAAGGAAUUCUUCGAGAGCCCUUCAUUUAGGGCUGAUGGGCUUAAGAUUUAUCCCACUCUUGUAAUUCGUGGAACUGGACUUUAUGAGCUUUGGAAAACUGGCAGGUACAGAAAUUACCCACCUGAGCAACUUGUGGACAUUGUGGCGAGAAUCCUAGCCAUGGUGCCUCCUUGGACACGUGUCUAUAGAGUUCAGCGUGAUAUCCCUAUGCCUCUUGUUACUUCUGGAGUUGAGAAAGGAAACCUUAGAGAGCUAGCCUUAGCUCGAAUGGAUGAUUUGGGUUUGAAGUGCCGUGAUGUUCGAACACGUGAAGCUGGAAUCCAGGAUAUUCACCACAAAAUACAGCCCGAAGAAGUUGAGCUUGUUCGCCGAGAUUAUACAGCAAAUGAGGGUUGGGAAACUUUUCUUUCAUAUGAGGAUACACGUCAGGAUAUUCUUGUUGGGUUGUUGCGCUUGCGUAAAUGUGGCCGGAACGCUACUUGUCCAGAACUCGUUGGAAGAUGUUCUAUUGUUCGGGAACUUCAUGUUUACGGAACUGCAGUUCCAGUUCAUGGGCGAGAUGAUGACAAACUUCAACACCAGGGUUAUGGUACUCUUCUAAUGGAGGAGGCAGAGCGGAUUGCUCGUAGGGAACAUCGAUCGAAAAAAAUAGCAGUUAUUUCUGGCGUCGGAACACGCCACUACUAUAGGAAAUUGGGGUAUGAGCUUGAAGGGCCUUACAUGGUAAAAUGUCUCACAUAAUGAAAAAGGCUAAUACGCGAUCAAAAUUUUGUAAUCCAGAUUAUGGUUUCGAAACUUCAACAUCUUGUUAAUACCCUGGUUGUGAAAUCAUAGAUGAAUGAAAUGUUCUCUUAUCUAA